GCCAUGCCUGCAGGAGUGUCGUGGCCUCGGUAUCUGAAAAUGCUCACAGCAAGUAUGUUGGCUAUGUUUGCUGGUGCAGAAGUUGUCCAUAGAUAUUAUAGGCCUGAUCUUACAAUACCCGAAAUUCCUCCCCAGCCUGGAGAACUCAGAACAGAACUCUUAGGUCUUAAAAGAAGAAAUGACUGAGCUCAGCCUUCACAA